AUGGGUAAGUUUAGCGAUCUUCCAUCAGAUGUAAUGCUAGACAUUUUCACUAGGUUACCAGCGGAAUCUGUUGUAGAUUGCAAAUCAGUUUCCAAGACCUGGAAUAAAGUUCUUUACAAUCCAUCCUUCAAUCAAAUGCACUCGAUUCUGUUAUCUAGAAACAUUAGGAACUUAUAUUUCUUAGAAUAUGAUGAUGAGGUUUCUUCUCAUAGAGUUCGGAAACUGAAAUUGAACCCUGGGUUUGAUAUCUACAGAGUCAUUGGUUCGUGCAACGGUUUGGUUUGUGUUAUUGGAUUGCCUAAUCAUUACACCAUUGAUGAGUCUAGUGGUGUUUCUUAUGUUGCUUAUAUAUGUAAUCCCAUCACUGGAGAAUCUAUCACCCUUCCUGAACUUGAUAGAUCGUGGUAUUAUGAACUUCAUCCUUGGAUGUUGUCUGGAUUUGGUUGCGUUGCUUCGACUAAUGAGUACAAAGUUGUUAGGCUUUACAAUUUCUGCAAAGAACCCGAAUUUACACACAUUGAGGUUUACACUCUCGGCAGUGGUAAAGGAUGGAGACAUGUUGGGAAGAUAAAUAAGAAAUGGGGUUCUUUUACUGCACAAGAGGCUGUCUUUGCUGAUGGAUUUCUUUAUUGGAAUUUCAUAAAGGGGAGAAUUAUCGCAUUUGAUUUGGCUAAUGAAAUUUUUGUAGAAUUAGAUGAAUAUUAUAAUCAGGGUUUUUGCUGA